AUGGCGACGACACAUGGGGACACCCCGGUUGCUAUGGCAGCGGCACGGGUUGUCACUCUGGCUGCUAUGGCAACUACACGGGGGUGUCACCCUGGUUGCUACGGGGGUGUCACCCCCCUUGUCACCCCGGUUGCUACGCGGCGGGAAAAGAUUGAGCGAAGGCAGCAAGAAGUUGAGACCGAGCUCAAGAUGUGGGACCCCCACAACGACCCCAACGCCCAAGGAGACGCCUUCAAAACCCUCUUCGUGGCCAGAGUGAACUACGACACGACGGAGUCGAAGCUGCGACGCGAAUUCGAGGUCUACGGCCCCAUCAAGCGGAUCUAUAUGGUCUACAACAAGCGCUCCGGGAAGCCCCGUGGCUACGCCUUCAUCGAGUACGAGCACGAGCGGGAUAUGCACUGUGAGUACCCCCCGCCGCAACACCCCUUUCCCCCCUACAACCGCAUGUCCAACCUCUUAACCACAACCGUGCGUUCCCUGGGUCCCUCCAGGGCCCGCACUCCGCAGGGUCCCUGGGACCGUCAUGGUGGCACUUGGGGGCCACCCAGGGCUGUCGGGAUCCCGAUGGCAGCCGUGACCUUUGCCCCCAUCCCCCGUAGGGACCGGGAACGGGAACGCGAACGGGAACGUCGGGAACGCUCCCGGGAACGGGAACGUCGUCGCUCGCGCUCGCGGGAACGUCGUCGUCGGACGCGGAGCCGGGAAAAAGAAGAACGGGAACGGAAAAGGGGCGGAAGCCGGGAUCGUAGCAAAGAACGGGAUCGGAAACGGCGCAGCCGCUCCCGCGACCGUAAACGGGAUCGGGAUCGGGAUCGGGAUAAAAAGGACGAAGGUCCCGAAUCCCUUGAACCCCCUGAGGAAUUGGGGGGCGCAGCCGAUUCCGGCCCCCCGGAUGGUUUAGGAUCAAAAGGGGAAAUGGAGGAUAAAGGUCGGGACCGGGACCGGGAACGUCGUCGUGGGCAUCGGGAACGGGAUCGACGUCGGGAUAGGGAUCGGGAUCGGGAACGUCCGGAACGGGAACAUAAACGGGAACGGGAACGAUCGGAAAGACGGGAUGAAAGACCCCCAGGAUCUGGUCCCGAGGGGGGGGAUUCCCUGGGGGAAUCCGGUUCCGAGCUCUUCCUCCAGCCCGAGGCCCUGCCGGCCCCCGAUGGCUACCUGGGGGCUGAGAAUGGCUACCUGCUGGAGCCCCCCCUGGAGUGA